CAGGCUGAUAUCAAAGGGCAGCAGGAGCUAUGACAGAAGGCAAAUAUUUAGACCAGAGCCAGAUGUGGAACUGAAACAGCAAGAGGAAAAGCAAGAGUAUCAGGUUAUUUACUGGAACCUCUUCUGUGUUACCAUUUGGAGCACAGAGGGGCUGCUAGGAUGGCCGGCCUCCACACCGACAUGGAAAUGCUCUACCCUGAGACAGUUGUACGCGUGGGCAGGGUGACUUUUGGAGAAGAGAACAGGAAGAAGAUGACCAAUAGCUAUCUGAAAAGAACCGAGAAUAAGAAAAUCAUCCAGGCCACGUGUGCCCUGUUAAACUCUGGAGGGGGUGUAAUCAAAGCAGAGAUUGAUGAUAAAACCUACAGUUACCGAUGCCAUGGGCUGGGACAGGAUCUGGAAACUUCUUUCCAAAAGCUCCUUCCUUCCGGUUCACAGAAAUACCUUGACUACAUGCAGCAGGGGCACAAUCUCCUGAUUUUUGUGAAGUCCUGGAGCCCAGAUGUUUUCAGCCUCCCCCUCCGGAUCUGCAGCUUGCACUCCAAUCUCUACCGGAGAGCUGUGACCUCCACGGUCAACCUGAACACCGGCAGUGCUCUGGAGCUCCUCAGAGAGAAGCAGUCUAGAGCCCAGAGAGGGAGCUUGGGGGUGAAGGAACUGAGUUCUCAGAAAGUUCCUGACAGGGACAUUCAGGAAGAGGAAGACAUGAGGAUUUCUGCCUCAGACUUGUUUCAAAAGGACAAGCUCACGUAUAAGGAGAAACUCAAUUUUACCGAGUCAACCCAUGUGGAGUUUAAAAGGUUCACCACCAAAAAGAUUGUCCCCCGGAUUAAAGAAAUGCUGCCUCAUUAUGUUUCUGCAUUUGCCAACACCCUCGGGGGAUACCUCAUUUUUGGGGUCGAUGAUAAGAGCAAAGAAGUGUUUGGAUGUAAGAAAGAAAAAGUGAAUCCUGACUUGCUGAAAAAGGAAAUAGAAAACUGUAUAGAAAAGUUGCCAACAUUCCACUUCUGCUGUGAGAAGCCACAGGUGCAUUUCACUACCAAAAUCUUGAAUGUGUACCAGAAAGAUGUCCUGUAUGGCUACGUCUGUGUGGUUCAAGUAGAGCCCUUCUGCUGUGUUGUAUUCUCAGAGACCCCGGAUUCCUGGAUCAUGAGGGACAAUUCUGUCACAAGGCUGACGGUGGAGCACUGGGUGGCCAUGAUGCUGGGUGUUCAGUCAGCAACUUCCAGUCUGACCACCGACUCCAGCUUUCCCAUGAGUGCACCAGCUCCAUCAGCACUGGGAAGCCCAUCAUCUCCCAUUAAAGUCCUGGAAUUGAAGGGGCCUCUACAACAACGUCUGUUUCCAGUGACAUGGGAAGAGAUACAGUUUAAACCAGAAUCCCUCUGUAAGAAGCUCUUCUCAGAUCAUAAAGGACUCGAGGAAUUAAUGAAGACACAGAUAUAUCCUUGUUCUCAGGGGAUUGUGAUAUUUUCUAGAAGCUGGGCUAGUGAUGUUGGCUUAAGGAAAGAGCAGGACGUCCUGUGUGAUGCUCUCCUCAUAGCGGUGAACAGUCCCCUGGUACUCUAUACAAUCUUAAUAAACCCUGGUUGGAAUGGAGGGCUUGAGUAUGCGCAAAAUACUGCUCAUCAGUUAAAGCAGAAACUGGGAACGCUUGGUGGUUACACAGGGAAAGUGUGUGUUAUCCCGAGGGUGAUGUACCUGCCCAGCACACAGCAGAGCACUGGUGAAAUGCUCGUGCACUACCCCCAGUCCUACAGGCUUGCCACCAAGGAUGAAAUGGAAGACUUGUUGCAGGCCCUUAUUGUAGUCUCACUGGGUUCUCGAUCUCUUCUGAGUGACCAGCUGGGCUGUGAAUUUUUCAACUUGCUCAUAGAGGAGCAGUGUGAGUUGCUUUCAGAGAGCCUUCAGGAGACACGAGAAUUGUUCAUCCACUGCUUUCCGGGAACCAGGAAGACAGCCCUGGCCAUAAAGAUCAUGGAGAAAAUUAAGGAUUUGUUCCAGUGCAAACCAAAAGAGAUCCUUUAUGUUUGUGAAAGUGACUCCUUAAAGGAUUAUGUGACCCAACAAACCACCUGUCAAGCUGUGACCCGGAAGACCUUCUUACAAGGGGAGUUCCUAAAGAUUAAGCAUAUAGUGAUGGAUGAGACUGAGAAUUUCUGCAGCAAAUAUGGAGACUGGUACUUGAAGGCCAAGAGCAUCACGCAUCCAAAGGUGAGGGGAGCUGGAAGUGAAAACCUUCAUCGUGGGAUUCUCUGGAUUUUUCUGGACCCUUUCCAAGUCCGUCAUGCAGAUAUUAAUGGCCUCCCACCUCCAUCUGCUCAGUUUCCUCGAAAGACAAUCACCAAUGGGAUCCACUGUGCUCUAGAAAUAGCAAUGGUCAUGAAAGAAGAAAUGAAGAGGAUCAAAGCCAAUCCACCCUCCAGCAUGUCCCUAGACACACUGUCCUUGUUCAGGGAAGCUGCCUACGAGGAAGCAAUGUGUGCCCAGGCCCUGCCUGGGGUGUGUGAGACUGAGACUAACCUGACUAUGGAACAGAUUGUAAAACGGGUGGCAGAAAGGUGUUACGACCUGUUCCAAUGUGGCUAUCGGCCCAAAGACAUUGCAAUUCUGUGCAGGAAAGGGGAGGACAGAGGACGCUACGAACUUGCCCUGCUAAAAGCAAUGGAAUUAUUUGAAGCCCAUGGAGCAACAAAGGUUGCGUUCAGCCAGGCCUCUGGUGUUUGGGGCAGUCGCAUCAUUUUCGACAGUAUUCAGCAGUUUUCAGGUCUGGAGAGGAAUAUUGUAUUUGGGCUUAGUCCAGAAUGCGCCCUGUCAGAAGAAGCUCAUAAGCUCUGCUUUGCCUCACGAGCCAUUAAACAUCUUUACCUGCUCUAUGAAAAGAGGGCAGCUUUCUGAAAAUUAUUUUAACAAUAGUCAGCCAGAAAGAGCAGAGUCCCUUCUCCCAGGCACCUUUUCACGUAUUAUCAGUGGGGAGAUCAAGGCACAGUAAGUAUGGCGUGGAGCCACAGAAAUGUCUUUCGGGAGUGACCCUUCCCUUCUAUGUGCUGUCACUGUUCUCUUCCCUGUAAAAUCCUAGCAGAUUGAUUGAGCCUCUGGUUUUCCUAGUCCAGUCCAUCUUUCAGGGACCAGAGGUUCCCCUUCGAUAGAGAACGGAGUGUGUGACAUCCCCUGCCAAUGUAUCUGCAGUGAGUCCCCAAAGUCUUCAAGCCAAACCAAUUUCCAAGGCUUUGCAUGCUACACCCUGACUUACUCCCCUAACACAUCCUUUGUUCUAUCUCCUCUCCCAGGAUGUCUAAGGCACCCCAACCUUGCUGGCGUAUGUUGGGAGUGGUAGGUAGGAUGACUUCCCGGCUACUAACUUGGGGUAUCUGAAGGGCAACACCUUGGUUAGCACCUCCUACUGGCUAUGGGUCUCAAGCUUAAUGGGCCUAGAACUUGAUUUCCUCUUUGUGCUAAGUAUGGCUUAAUCUCUUGGGGAUGGAUUUCUGCUAAUCAAGCUCACAAAAGACCAAUGCGCAGAUGAAAAUCUCACUCUGCUAAUUUACAGUGAGGAUUGUAGUAAUAGGUGGGCCAGAAGCUUUUGCUAAUCAGCAUAUUCACUAGUAACACAGGAGGCCAAAUUAUAUAAGCAUAGCUUUGCAGCGAUGGUAAUCUCAUUCAAAUGAAUGAAGACUCAAAGCAUUGUUAGACUAUUGCGAUCAUCUCUAAAAUAGGAAUAUUUUGACCACAAGAACUAGACAGGUCAGGUUUACAAAAUAAAGCAAGUUUAGAAGGCAAAGGGUGACUAGGUAUUCCAUAUCCUCUGCCUCAGCUGAAAUUGCUCUUCUCUCCUAGUUUCUAAACUUUCCAGGUUGACCACCAGCCUUCUUCCUCA